UUGUGUCCAUGUUGCGAUGCUAAUACGGAAAUUCACAAAAAGUUUUAAGAAAUAACCGUGUGCGAAUUAAUGAUCUCCACCCUUAAACCACAAAUGGAAUAUUCAAAUAUGUUGCGCCUAAUGGAUUCUGAACAUUUAUGAGUUAAAGUGUUAAAGUUACAUAGAAAUUGAGAAAACAGAAAAAAAUUUUGACGCCAUAUUUAUAUCUGCGUAAUCCUCAAUACGAAGGUCGUUAAACAUACAUAUUAAAACAUAUAAUAACUUUGUAGUAUACACAGACGCUUCAGUACAUACAGAUGUACAUAUUCUUAUGAAAAACAAAGCGUAUGAACCAACACAAUUAAACAUACUUUAUAUGUAUGUGUGAGUAAAUAAAUCAAGAUACAAGGUUACACAACAAUAAAAUUUGUUUUAACAAAAUUCAAAAUACAAAACAAAGGAUAUAUAUAUAUAUAUAACGUAAUCUACGGCACAGAAUAGUGCCAGAGAUAAAAUAUUAUUGAACUGAAAUCGAAGUGUGUAAUGUUAAUGAAACAGUGCAGACUCCACCAUAUUUACAAAGUCGAGAAAAAAGUGGCCGUAAAGAAAAGAAUUGCAGUCCAUCCGGAUACCAUGUUCAGAAAUUGUAAACUUCAUACGAUUACUUUCUGGGCAAUGCAUGCAUCAAGAGCAAAUCAAACGAUAAACAUCACGACGCCGAAAGCCUCAAUAAGACCGCACAGCGCCUAAAGAGAGUUCACCUGAACAUUCAUCCUAUAUUUGGCUGACUAGGAUUACUUACUGAUCGUUUUAGAAAGCGUUUUUAAAGUUCGCUAAUCGGCAGUCCCCUUCGCCUGAUAUCACCCCUUGAGAUCUUUUUGACGGUGAACGUUUUGCUCACGGCUCAGAACUCAACAUGAAGCUGCUGGAGAGCUCUCGCUUCGAGGCGAUCAACAACGCGCUCUCCAUACAAACUGGCGGGAUCACGAUUUUCGGUCGUAUCGAAAGCUACUCCUGCAAAAUGGUUGCAGCCGAGAAGGUGUUAUACAAACGAUUUACAGCUGAGACCCACGGCCAUGACUUGCAAGCGUUAUCACCUCCUCAAACUCUGUCGGAUCUUUCACCAAACUUUCAUCGCAAUAACAGUCAAUCCGGCGAUGAAGGUGUAAUCUUAUGUGACACGAUCUCUCGCAAAACUUUAUUUUACUUGAUUGCAACUUUAAAUGCUUCGUUUGAACCAGAUUAUGAUUUUUCAGAUGCCAAGUCGCAUGAGUUUAGCAAAGAGCCUUCUUUGCCUUGGGUUAUGAACUCCGUGCAUUCUAACCUAUCAGCCUUAGCUGGGGAUCAAUACCAAGUUUUGCGUCAGCCAUUGUGGUCAGCCGUGGACGACGAAGUAACCUUAUCGGAAUGCGAUAUAUACAGCUAUAAUCCGGACUUAAGCUCUGAUCCUUUUGGAGAACCUGGUUGCUUAUGGUCAUUCAACUAUUUUUUCUACAACAAAAAGUUAAAACGCAUUGUUUUCUUCACCAGUCGCGCUGUCAACUCCCUCUAUGCUGGAGAAACAUCUGAUUUUUCAAUGGAAGAAGAUUUAUAUUAAUGAGUUAUAGUUCUUCGAUUUUAUUUUCACUAUAUUACUUAUACUUAUAGUUUUUUUGUUUCGAGCAAUCGGCACAAAAGCAGAUAAGAAACGCGAGGUACUGUGCUCUUCAUUGUAUGAAUACAAAUUCUAUACAUAAAUAAUCUUGAAAAUCAUCACGUACAUGUUUAUAACUAAAACAAAAGAAACAUAAUAUUUAAUCAAGUAUUUUAUUCAAAACAAUAUUAAUAUGCGUUCUUAAAAAAUAAAUUUAAGUUUCUAUAUAAUUAUCUAGUUUAUUGACUCGUAUUCUCCAUCUAACGAUAGACAGAAGAGGUUGAAGCAACUACGAAAUACUUUGUGCACAAUGUAAUACGGAGAUAGCUCUGUAGUGAGUUAAUGGAACUUAAUUAUUAAAUAUGAACAACCUCCAAGAUAACGCUAAAGUAUCAAAUUCUUAAAAGACUUGCUAUAUAUAUUUAUCAGUUCGAGUUGGAUAC